CCAAUAAAAUCUCUCUUAUCAAAUCUUAAACUAAAUUUCUAUGUAAACAAGAAAAUAAGAUACAUCAAUUAGCAACAACGAAGAACCAUGGCAUGUCAACAACAUAAAAUAAUAGAACAACCAAGGGAUGAGACAGAGAUAUACAAAGGAGAAGCAAUAUGCAAACAAAAAACAAACUUUCUCCUUGAUCAAUUUUUCCUUCCAAGGGGUUUGCUUCCUUUGGACAACAUAGUGGAAAUGGGUUACAAUCGUCUCACGGGUUACGUGUGGCUCAAGCAAAGGGAAAGGAAGGUGCACCGGUACAAUGACAUCGGUCGCAAGGUUUCUUUUGACACGGAGGUUACUGCCUUCGUGGAGGAACACCUGAUGCGAAGGGUCACCGGUGUUAAGACCAAAGAGUUGUUUAUAUGGCUUCCUGUGACAGAUAUCUUCAUCAAUGAACCUUCUUCUAAUGUGAUCUCGUUCGCAAAUUCUUCUGGAAUUGCUAGAUCGUUUCCUCUAUCAGCAUUUGCUCUCCAAGAAGAACAUACACCGCAACAAAAUUAACAUAAAAUUUCAUCAACAAACUUUUAUUGAUUU